CUGGCACUUAUCAGUGUGCACACUGCACAUUCUCAAUGUUUUUCAACCUAGUUUAACAAACGUAACUGGGGUUUAAUAGCUCGCCUCACUGGCUAUGAAACGAUCGGGUUUUGUUGGCAACUGCAGCUACAUACAUUUAAACAACGUUCGUUCUGCCGUCAAGUACAUUUCUGGUUCACCGCAAGCAAUUCAAUUUGAGACGAUGUCGGAUUACCACAAGAAGAUGAUGAACCAUUUCGGCGCCAGUGGUGUCAUGUUAAACCUGUCCCUGGCAAAGGAGUUGGGCGUCGUGCAGAUACUGGUGGAAGCGCAAAGCCCACUCACCUCACAGCAGGUGGCUGACAAACUGAACCUCAGAGAAAGGUAUGUGCGUGAGAUCCUGGGUUCUCUGGCUGUCGGGGAGGUCAUCAGCGUGGACGACUCCUCCACCCAGUUCCAUGUUCCAGAUGACCGCAAGGGCACAUUCAAAGCAAUAUCUGUGCUUUCCAGGGUUUUGCCACCGAUGGGUUUGAGACAUGCCAGUGUCAAGGAAUGUGCUCAACUACGGAACCCUGGUGGAAUUGUCUACAGUCAAACCCCUCAGAUUUUUGACGUAAUGAAAGAGAUUUUGGUCGAAGUCAAGAAAGAUAUGAUUGAUACAGACAUCCUGUCUGCCGUUCCUCUGAUGCUGCCAAAAUUAGAAUCCGGUAUCAAGGUUGCGGAAUUUGGCUGUGCAACAGGGAUCAUUUCAAACAAAUUAGCUUCGCGAUUCAAGAACAGCACCUUCCUUGGUUCUGAUGUAGCAAGCGAGCCGUUGGUUCAAGCCAGAGAGGAAGCAAAGAACCAGGGCCUACAGAAUGUCACUUAUGACACACACAAUAUUGAAACCAUAACUGAAACCUACAAGGAGAGGUUUGAUUGGAUACUAACCCGUGAUGUGAUUCAUGACUUAACAUAUCCACAGAAAGCCUUAAACGAGAUUUACCGGUGUCUGAAACCAGGGGGUAUUUACAGCAUGAUUGAUGUGGGAAUAGAGGGAGGCAUAACUGGCAACAUUGCCAAUGGUUCAGCUAUGUUCUACUACUCUGUGAGCACAUUUAUGUGUAUUCCAGAGAGCUUCCGCAAGCCUGACUCUGCAGCACUUGGGCCUACAUGGGGUGCACCUUUAGCAAGAGAGAUGAUUGCCAAAGCUGGUUUCACCAUCAUUAACGAGUCUGUGAGUCGCACAGACGAGCAAGAGAUACACUUUGUCUGUCAGAAGUAGAUUUCCAUUGCAUUGUACAUUGUGUUUCACCCAUGGGAUACACAUGACAUACAUCCAAAAUACUUUGAGCUAUUUAUGGGAAAAUAAUCAACAUCUGAACAGUGCUUUUUAUAAUAUGCAAACCUGAAUGUAAUAUUGUGUGGCGUAAUCGGAAUUGUUGUAUCAGAAUAAUUGAAUAUGUUGUAGAUCUGAGAAAAAAUUUCAACUCAACAGACCAAAAAUACAAACUUAAUUAAUCAAUUAUAAAACUCUGUUUUACCUAGGAAGGUAUGCUAUUCACAUGUCAUGUUACACCUAAUUUUGUAAUUAAAAAAUACUUCAAUAGAAAAUGUAGCCAUAUAUAUACUUAAUUAAGCAUUACAUAACUUUAUAGCCAUAUCAUUCAUACAACUCUCUUGGUAGUUAUAUUUUCAAACAUGGAAUCAGUAAUCAGAUAGGAUGUACUACAUCUUACUAAGUAAUAUACGGUAUAUUAUCCAGUGUGAAUGCUCUCUUACUAAUUAAAAUACGGUAUUUACUUCUCAGUGCCCUUGAUCUAGCAUUUCCAAACCAAACUCAAAUCAGUCCCGAAGAGUUGUUUCCAGUUAAGACGCGUUGACUGCCUGUCGACGCCUCCACAGAGCAGCGAUUACAAAGCUAGAGCAUGGCUAAACAUCAAAGGAGAUUUGGCUGAUGUGUGACUAAUAUUUGUCUGUGUGAAGCUACGACCUACCCUCGAUGUAUAUUCCUGUAUAUGUUUCACACACUGCCGUUUGGAUUAGAUAUAGCUUGUCAUGUCAAACUCCUAUUUCUAGUUCGAUGUCAAUUAUAUAAGGCAAUAAAUUUACGGUACGUU